CAAAAGAAAAAAAGGUUCAAAAGUCCCAACGGUCGAAUCGAAAUUCAGACAGUUCAAAAAGCCGCUCUCCAUCUCCUUCUCUCUUACAGAACAUAAUCAGAUCUCUCUUGCUCUCUCACCCUCACUCUCACUCUCACUCUCAUUGUCUGAAAACCAUGAAGUCUCCGGCGAUAUUAAGCGAGAACAGGUUCCUAGGCAGCAUUACAAGUUCUUCCAUCCGAAAUCUGCUUCCAAAAUCUAUCUCAGGGAAGCAGAAACCAAUCAUCCAAAACCCAGAUACUAAGAUUCCCAGAUCCAACGACGAGAACGCGAUUCCUGUAGAUCCAAACCAAAAGGCUAGCGAUCAUCACACCGCUCUUCAGUUCACGAAGCAAUCUGACUCAAAGGAUGGUAAUUUCGGAGAGCCAAUUAAGGACAAUAAAAUGGGACAAAGCACUUUUGCUGAAGACAAGCGCAGUCUUCUGGAUUCACCAUUAAAGGUUGAAUCAAGGAGUAUACUUUCUAGAAGAACCAAUUCAGUGCCUAGUGAAAUUAAAGAGGAAGAUGACGACGACUCAUUGGGUGAUCAGAUUCGUGAACUAAAGGAAGAGCUCAUAAGAACAAAGUCGGAUGGGUACAACAAAGCUGAUGCAAGUAAGAGUGGACACUUUGCACGUGACAGUUUAAGUCAAUUGAGAGUCAGUAUCAACAAAUCUUUACUCAUGUCGUGUCCAAAAAGAGAUGAAUCUGAGGGAAAAGAGGUGAUCGUGGAUGGUGAAGAUGUGCUGGAAUUGAAUAAACAUAUUGAGAAGCUUCACGGUUCUUAUGAUUCUGUUCACUCCUCAUUUGCAAGUGCUUCAUGCUAUGAAGCCGACUCGAUGAGUGGAGAUGAUGAGGAUGUCUGCUCAGAAGACUUGGAGAAACCAAUGCAUGGAAACCAUAAAGAUGUUGACUUUGUAGAUAAUGAUCCAAGCCAGCUCGACAAUGUUGAAUUCGAUACAACGGGUAGUGGCAUUUCAAUCAGAUCACAGCUUCCUAGUUGCGUUCUAGAAGAGCCAAUUUUCUCAGAAUCUCCAAAGUUUAAGAAUGUUCAGAAGAGUGUAGCUGCAUCGACAAAGUUUUCAGCAAAUCCUAGGAAUGUGUCUGAAAGCUCCAACAUUGGAGACAUGAAAGUCAAUCAGAUUAGCCCGUGUAUGUCAAAGAAGGUUUCAGGUCCUACAGAUUCUCUAGCUGCUAGUCUUCAGAGAGGGCUGCAAAUUAUAGACUAUCACCAAGGGAGCUCACUAUCAAAAAGUUCAUCUGUUUCCUUCUCUUUUGGCCAUAUGGCAUUGAAACCUUGCGCAGAAGGUGAGAAUCUUAAUGCUUCAGUCCAAUCUUUUAGAAAAGAUAAAGCUUCAGAAGGUGGAUUGUCGUCGAUUCUCCUAUGUCUUUCAUGUAGAAAGAAAGUUGACCAAGAAGCUGAAGUAACAGAAGAAGCUGGUUCAAACGAAAAACAUCUCAAGAACAUGUGUAUGGAGCAAGCAGCUAAAAUUGAGGAGCUAACUCUCCUGCUUAGGAAAUCAGAUGAUGGAGAAGAUGGAACAGAGUUCAUCAAAGAAACAUAUGAGACGAAACAAAUUAGUGAAGAGUUUGGAAAAACAAACUUUGAGGUAAGUGAAAAGGAAGCUCUUCUCAAGGAGAUUGCAGACCUAAAGAGCAAGCUGCAGCCUACUAAGUCCACAGACAAUCUGAGAUCCUCGUUACUACUACGAUCCAUUCAAAUGCGCAAAAGCAUUGAUGUUAGCAGGAAUGGUGAGAACAGUGAUGAUCUAGCGAAAGAAAGGGAGAUGUGGACAGAAAUGGAGAGUGAGUGGAUAUCCUUAACAGAUGAUCUCAGAAUGGAUAUCGAUAACCAUCGCAGUCGAGCUGAGAAUCUAGAGUUUGAGCUCAAGCAAGAGAAGCUAGCCACUGAAGAGUUGAAUGACGCGCUCACUAGAGCUGUGCUUGGCCACAGUAGAUUCAUAGAGCAGUACACAGAGCUGCAGGAGACGUACAAUGAACUUGGGGAGAAGCACAGUGUGAUGAUGGCUGGAAUAACAGAUGUAAAGAAAGCAGCAUCCAAGGCCGCUAUGAACGGCCGCCAUGGAAAGCGUUUUGCCAAAGCCUUUUCAGAUGAGCUUUCUGCCAUCAGAGCUGAGAAAGAGAAAGAAAGAGAGCUCUUGAAGAAGGAGAACAAGAACCUAAGAACUCAGCUGCGAGAUACAGCUGAAGCAGUCCAAGCUGCUGGUGAACUACUUGUCAGACUUAGAGAAUCUGAACAGGCCUUACAAGUCUCUGAGGAACGAUUCAGCGUGGUGGAAGAAGAGAAAGAGAGGCUGAAGAAGCAAAUGGAGCAACUAAAGAGCAAACACAAGACAGAAAUAGGGACAAUGAAGCAAUACUUAGCAGAGAGUAAAUUACCAGGAUCUGCAUUGUUGCAGCCAUGGUACAAAGAUGAGGAAGAUGAAAUAGAACAAGUAUCAGAACAUGAAACCGGAGCUGUCAGUUUCGAUGACUACGAGGAUGAUCAGGCUUGGAGAGCAGAGUUUGGAGCUACAUAUCAAGACCACCAUUACUAGUCUUUGUUUCAGACAAACGACCCUUCUCGGGUCAUUUACUAUGAUCCUCCUUAGUACUUUUGUACUGUUAUCUUUCAUUUUGUUGUUCUAUUGUAUCUGCCAUUAUUGAACCGCUAAAAAGAUUUGUAACGGUUGGAAACAUUUUUACAUGUAUUGAUUGAUUCAUCUUUUCCUGAAUUCCAGUGAAAUUCCCAGAAGAACA